AUGCCCGCACACAACCUCGACAAGGCAGUCGGACACGAGUCCAAGCCCCUCCCCGUCGCGUGGAACCAGCGCGACCUGCUCCUCUACGCUGUCGGCAUCGGCGCCAAGAAGGACGAGCUGGCGUUCACCUACGAAGACGACCCGAACUGGCACGCCUUCCCUACCUACCCUCUCGUCCUCGGCCUCAAGGGCACCAACCCGUCCAUCGCAAACUUUGCCACCGCGAAGGAAGGGAGUGCGCCCAACCCUGGUUUGCCGCCUCUCGACCCGAAGAAGCUUGUGCAUGCCGAGCAGAGUAUCGAGAUUUUGGGAGAGUUGCCCAAGGAGAGUACCGAAGGGUGGGCGCUCAAGAAGAAGUGUGUGGGUGUCAAGGACACUGGCAAGGGCUUGAUCGUCGACGACGCCAUGGAACUCGUCGACCCCUCCGGCAACGUCGUCGUCCGCAUGAUCAGUUCCGGCUACUGCUUCGGCAAGUUCGACACGGGCGGAUUCCAGAAGUCCAUCGCGCCCAAGCAGCCCGUCAAGGCUGGAAAGCCGCCGCAGCGUAACCCGGACUACGUCUUCUCGGAGAAGACGACGCCGGAGCAGGCGGCUGUCUACCGUCUCUCGGGCGACUACAACCCGCUUCACAUCGACGACGCCGUCGGCAAAGGCAUGGGCUUCCCCGGCGUCAUCCUCCACGGCCUCUGCUCCUACGGCCACGCGGCCCGCGCCAUCGUCAAGAACGUUGCGAAAGGAGACGGCCGCCGCCUCAAGUACAUGUCUGCGCGAUUCACCUCGCCCGUUCUUCCAGGCGACGAGCUCGAGACGACUAUGUGGGUCUCGAACGACGCAGAGUCGGGUGGCCAGCGCGUCGACUUUGUGCAGAAGAUCAAGGGCACGGGCAAGGUUUGUCUCGGAGGAGGAGUCGCGCUUAUCGCGUCGGACAAGCAGAGCAAGCUCUAG